CCGUUGGCGUGUUAUAGCAGUCCAGACGCGGUCACACCUGUGCAUAGAAUCUCUUACGUUUUUGUUUUCUGGCCAUAUUUAUUAUUGUUAAAAUUGGAGCAAUGCCAGCUGCUGUGCGCAAGUUCCGCCGCGAGACCAGCGAAAUCAGCUGCUGCCUUAAGUACCUUCUGUUCGCCAGCAAUGUGAUCCUGUGGCUCGCGGCACUGUUGGUCCUUUCGGUGGGCAUCUGGGCCUGGAGCGAAAAGGGCAUGUUCCGCAACAUCACUCGACUGCACUUCAUCGCCCUGGACCCGGCCUUCGUGCUGAUCAUCGUGGGCUGCAUCGCCUUCCAGCUGGGCUUCAUGGGCAGCGUGGGCGCCCUGCGGGAGAACACUUGUCUCCUGGCGGCGUACGCCAUCUUCCUGAGUGUCCUGCUCAUCGCCGAGAUCGGCUUUUGCGCUGUGGCCUUCGUGCUCAAGGACAAGGGCUGGAUCAAGGACCAGGCCACCGAAGGGCUGAAGGCCUUCAUCCGGCACUAUCGCGAGGACGCGGACCAGCAGAACCUGAUCGACUGGAUCCAGGAGGACUGGCUGCAGUGCUGCGGCAUUGACGGGCCGAAGGACUGGGACAGCAACAACUACUUCAACUGCUCGUCCAUCGCCAUCGGCAGCCGGGAGGCCUGCGGGGUGCCCUUCUCCUGCUGCCGCAGGCGUCCCCAGGAGCUGAUCAAGAACAAGCAAUGUGGCUACGAUGUUCGCAAGGAGGGAUACGUAAGUCUGCAUAACAGCCAUGACCAAGUUACCCUCGUUUCCCAAAAUGCAUUUCUAACUCACUCACGAAUUGUACGCAAGCAGCCAGUGGAUAGGAACAUUCAUGAGCGCGGCUGCCUGCGCGCUGGCGAGGAUUGGCUGGAGGCACAUCUCAUUAGUGUGGCGAUGUGCUGCGUGGCCCUGUUGGUUCUGCAGGUGCAAAGAAAGACCAUGUUGAUUUAACUGUGUUUUAAUUUUAUUUUUGCUCCAGCAGUGUGUGUAUAAUUUUUGACAUGAGUAGGCAUUUACUAUCCGGCUUACACAAAAUCAGCUGUAAUGCAAUGGACAAGAACCGGGCUGGACAAAACUAACUCAUUUUCCCAAUUUUAGUAUACGAGCGAUAUAUUUUAAAAGCAUUUCUAGGCUUGAGAAGCAUGUUUUCUUAAUAACUGAUAAAAAAAAUUACUUACUCCAUAAAAGACGCUCCGUAAACGGACGUACACAGUGCUUAAGGGGUAUUCUGGGCUAGAAGCCUGAUUUUAAGGAAUUUUUUCAAGUAAGAUAGAAAGAAAAUGAAAAAUAUACAAGUGACAUACAAGUGAGAUACAGGCCGUUAAAUCGGGAAAAUAAUAACAUAUUCUUGAUUAGUAAAGAUGUCAUUAUCGGGUUGACCAAGUUUCAAAACAAAAUAAUUAAGAAUAAAACGGCGUCGUAUUAAAAAUAACAAUUUUUUUAAUUUUUCCAACCUUUCUGCAUAUUUUAAAAAUACUAUAAUCAAAAUUUGUUUAAGUUCGAGGCACACACGAUAGAGAGUAGUAAAAGAAGAUAUAAACCAAAUUUCAAAGGACUCGACUUAGUAGAACUUGAAAUGUCAUGUCAGCCAUCUCAAAAAAAGUAGUUUCGCAAAAAACGCGUUUAAAGAUUAGGAAACGAUUCUAAUGGCUCGGACUCCACGUUCGAAGAAUCCGAAUUUUUAAAAAUCCUUUUAGGAUCACAUUUUUAAGAGUAUAAACUUUCAAAAUAUGUUUAAAAAAAUCGACUUUUUCAAAUUUCUAGACCAGAAUCCCCCUUAAAGCCCUUGUGGAUUUUGAGCAGUUCUUAUAAACUAUGGGUUUUAUUGAAAAGGAUUUUAAACAUACCUAUACAUACCUAUGUAAAUACCUUACUGAACGAACUGUCAAUAUGGUCGCAUUUUAGAUACCAUUUUUCUGUUUAACACCACUAUAUGAAACAAUUUAAGUUUUUAAGUAUUUAAGUUCGAGGUAUAUUUUGUACUGAUUUUUAAUUUAUUUUACUUUCUCUUUUUAAAAUUUUUGCCAGGGCUUGGAGCUGUC